AUGACAACGCAGGCGAGCAUCCAGUUGAACCUACAGCUUGACUCCGGGAGCAUAUUCUACCAGGACAAGCAUGACAACAUCACCUUCCACAUCGAGGCAUUGAGAUCCACAACCACAACCACAACCACCACCCCCAGCAGCAGCAAAAUGCCAACAUCAUCAACAUCAUCCUCCUCCUCCUCCGGGCAGGCAUCCACGCCCAUGACAAGCGACAGCGAGCACGAGCACAGACCAGCACCAACGCGUCGCGGGCCGGGGGCUGACCAUGACGACGAGGAGGAGGCCGACGCGGAGACGGACGUCAUCAAGUCCUUCCUGCGGCAGCACCUCCUCCGCAACGGCGAGGCGUCGCGGGCCCUCGUCCCGCUGAUGAGGAGGGACGGCAUCGAGGCCAUGCUCGUCGCGACGGUGGCGCUGCACCUGCGCCGGGACGGGCGGGCCCAGGGCGGUGGGCGCGACGACGGGGCCGCCGUGCGGUCGCUCUACAGGACGCUCGGGGUGCUUGUCUCGUUGCUGCAGCAGCGGGGGAAGGUGUUGGAGUAUCUUGAGGGGAACCCGCAUGUUGGUAGUAGUGCUGAGGAUGGACUCGGAGAGGAUUAA